UCCUUCGACUCCGUUCACCUCCAUUCACACAGUAAAUAACAGCAUGGAGGCUCUGGCUCCCGGGAUCUAACACCGAACAGCGGGGGGUAAAGACACCGCCGCAUGCGCUCUCCCUUACGCCGAAACGCACACGGGAAGGACGCGGGGCCGCGGCACACGCUUUGCGGGUUGGACUGAACUCGUUUUUACGUGGAAGAGAGGAUUGUAGUAGUAGACGGGAGCGGGGCAGCCCGCCGCGCUGAGCAUGAAGCGGACGGCUGUAGUGGCCAGGCACAAUGGCCUCGUUUCUCCGCUGGGGAACAACAACUCCGGGGCUUCCAGCAUCGUCUCGCCACCGCAGCCGAGAGCCACCGGGGUCUCCGCUUCUGCCGACGGGGUUGCCGGCGGCGGGAUGGACGGCCUGCUGGAUUUCUCCAAAGGCCCCACCGUCAAAACCGAGCUGGUCUGUAAAUGGAUUGACCGAACUUCUUCGAGACAGAUGCUCGGGCGGACGGCGACAUCCGUCUGCGACCAAACUUUCAGCUCCAUGCACGAGCUGGUGGACCACGUCACCACGGAGCAUGUAGCGGCGGGGCUCGAGACCCUCAGUCACGUCUGCAUGUGGGACGAGUGUAUGCGCGGCGGGAAGGCGUUCAAAGCCAAAUACAAACUCAUUAACCACAUUCGCGUGCACACCGGGGAGAAGCCUUUCUCGUGCGCAUUUCCCAACUGCGGCAAGAUGUUCGCACGCUCCGAGAACCUCAAGAUCCACACGCGCACGCACACUGGCGAGAAGCCCUUCCAGUGUGAGUUCUGCGAGCGACGCUUCGCCAACAGCAGCGACCGGAAGAAGCACUCGCAGGUCCACACGGCCUCCAAGCCCUACGACUGCAAGGCCCUGGGCUGCACCAAGUCCUACACCCACCCCAGCUCCCUGCGCAAACACAUGAAGGUUCACGUCAAGUCGUCGCCCACCUGUGAACCCCGGGACGUCUACGACUCCAUCGCUCAUCAACUCCAACAACCUCAUCAGGGUCUCCUGGAGCCCCUCGACCUUAAAAUGAACCGCCACUCUCCGUCACUCGCCAAUGGGAACAUUCAUUUCCCUCUGCUGUCCAAUCACGCGCUGGACAUCAGCUCAGCCAGCGAAGCUGACCACAAGCUGCUCCUGCGGAGUUCGUCUCCGAUGGCGAUGCCUCUGGAUCUCUCUCUGUCAGGCCUGAAGAGUCAGCUGGCCCAGAAGCAGCAGAGCGGGAGGACCCGGCUGAGGAGCCAGCGCUCAGUCAACCCAGCCUUACCUCAGUUGUCUAACAUUAAGGAGUGGUACGUCUGUACCAGGAGUACAGCGCCACACUUUCCUCUCCUUCACCCAGACCACAUCAAAUCAGAACCUAGCGAUGACGAGGAGUACGUCACGUAGGAUGGAGGGACUGGGGACGAAUUUUGGACUUGAAGAACAUACGUUGUCCGACCCAGGUCAGGCCAGGGAUGCUCUGGGGAAUCAUAGUUGCUGUACAUUUCCAGAACCAGAAGAAGGUUGCGGUUCAACAUCCGUGGCCCUUCUGAGAUGGAGACGGCUGUGAUCGGAUGGAGACUCUUUUUUUUUUAACUCUCUAAUAGAAUCAUCACUAUCUGUGGACCAAAUGUUGCCAUCACAACGGUUUGACCAAUCAGUGUCAGCUAGCUAACCUGGACUAACCAAGGGGAUAACGUCGUACAGAUGGAUCAGGGGGGGCGUUGGUGUUCUGCUCUGCUUGCUGUUCAAGAAUAUGAAGAGGGUGUGUGUACCCGAUGACCUUUCUAGGGAGGCAGAUUAUUGACCAGUUUAUCUCGGAGCUCCACCUAAAUGAAGCAAUUUCAAGGGCUACAUUGACACUGAUAGAAAGUGGUUCAUGUUUACCUGAGCUCACGAUGGCACUGUUCACAUGGUGACAGCAGCAGGUCCGUGGCUGUUAGGGCCUCAGUAUGUUUUUAACAAACUAGUUUGUACAACCUCCAGAUAGUUGUUUUUUUAAACUGCCGAUUCUGCUGUCGAAAAAAAAAAAGGGGUUGCCAUCUAAUCCGAUGAGCACUUUGUUUGAAGCAAACUGAGGUCUUUACUUACAAACCCGUUGGUCGUAACUUGUUUUUUGUGAUCACAGUCUAAAAGCUGCGGUUUGGAGACGGUGGGGUCUGAUCCGUCUCCGUACUGAUCAUCAAGUGUUUCCUCGUCCUCUUCAACCCGAUGGACUACGCUCAGUGGGUUAAUCACCUGUAUCUGUUUACACUCCAUGUGCAAUUUAGUGAAGACCCCCAAUGUUUCCAAACAGGACCCAUACAUGUCAUACACAUCCUUCUUUAACAUGAAACCGUGUAUUAAAUGAUGCGCAAGGCAUCCAGUAUUUUUUUUUUGCUCCCUUUGAUCAAAUGGUGCCGCCAUAAAAAGUGGAUUUGAAAAAAUUGACUCAAUGUUUGCGUCAUUGAAUCGAGGGAAACGAGCCGAAUGUAUCGUGUACGAUUGUGUUACAGCUUGGGACAAAUGUUCCAUCUCCGUUUGAAGUUACUGCAUUGAGAACAAUUUAAAAGGUGAAUAAGUGACGUGUAUAUAUAUCAAUGCACAUCAUCGAGUAGCUCCUUUCAAGCCGGAUGUGAAUGUGUGAGAAAACCUGAAGCAGAUGGUUUAAAGUACAAAGUAAAAGGUCUUAGGACCUGGAAAUGAGCGAACUUAAAAUGUGUCUAAUAAUCCCUCGUUGCACAGGAACAAUGUGCACAACUACAGUCAGUACAGUAGGUCAAAGUGAUGGAUAGUUUUUGAAUUGUAUUUAGCGUUCAUCGGUUUUGUUGGCUAUCAAGGCGCCCGUUUAAAACCUGUUUUUCUCCACCCCCCAGAACUUUAACAACACAAUUGUGUCAUUGAAGUUUUGUUUUCUCAGCAAUAAUCUCCAGAUAUUAGUGAGCAGCUCCUCAGACCCAGAUGAUGAAGUUUGCAUUAUUAUUACUAUCACAUGGUCAGCAUGGCGGCGCCUCCCUGCUCGAGGGUCCUCUAACACAGCCUUCACGUCCAAAUAAUUAGAAACUGAAUGACCCGUCGGUGUAGAUGUGUGUGUGUUGCCUCUCUCCCGCUGUGAGCUGUGAGAGGCUGCAGCAUUCUUAUGACCCUGAUAAGCUGGUAUGAAUACAGAUGGUGGAUGGAUGAAUGUCCCUGGCAUGCAGCCACAAACUAAGCAGAAUAAAAAUCCAUUACAUUUGA